GAUAACGCAUUUUGCCCAGUCAAGUUUUGAAAAAUUCAGUUUCUGCGUGGAACGAAGGAUGGUCGUUAAGGUGAAUGUGAUAGUAUUGAUUUCUGCAGUAUAAUUCCUCUCUUUUUCUGCGCUAUCUUUAGUCGAAACCCUUCAAGAGCAUACUCUGAUUAAUCAUCUUUUUGUACUGUUGAGAGAGAGUGAGUUUUUUGACGGUUUCAGUAAAGUUAUUCGGGUUCGUGAGACACGGCUAAUCUGGGACAGUUUGGAUUCAUCCACUCAUCCAUUCUGUCGGAUCCUUAUUUUCACAGCAAACAGUGAUCUUCGAUGUCCACUCAUCCCAGCCACUCCCCAUCCGCAUCCGCAUCGCCUACGGACAAGCCCAACGAACCCCCGGUGAAGAAGCAGCGCACGGACGCCUCCUUCUCUUCCGCCUCUAACGCUUCGUCGGCGGCCUCGUUGAACGGCACGAGCAGCGGUCUGCUCAGCGCGGCUCCCUCCUCCUCUGCGCAGCACGACCAGGAAAUGACGGAUCUGCACCACAACAAGAACGGCAACAGCCACGCCUCCGACCAGGACAUGGAGCCGGCCGUGCGCGCCGCCAGCUUCUCCGGCGCCCUGCCCCACACCACCAACGGGGUGCUGGAGCGCGCCGAUUCCCAUUCCGGCGACCAGGUGCACAUCGACGAAGGCCUGUAUUCGCGGCAGUUGUACGUGCUGGGGCACGAAGCCAUGCGGCGUAUGGGCGCCACCAGCAUCCUGAUUUCGGGUCUGAAGGGACUGGGCGUGGAGAUCGCCAAGAACAUCAUCCUGGGCGGCGUGAAGAGCGUCUGCCUGCACGACGAGGGCCAGGUGGAGCCGGCCGAUCUGGCCUCGCAGUUCUUCCUGCGCGAGGAGGACGUCGGGAAGAACCGCGCCGAUGUCUGCUUCCCGCGCCUGGCCGAGCUCAACAUCUACGUCGAUGUGCGGCCCCACACCGCGCCGCUGACGGCCGCCUUCCUCAAGAAGUUCCAGGUGGUGGUGCUGACGGAGACGACGGUGGAGGAGAUGAUCCGCGUCAACGACAUCUGCCGCGAGCACGGCGCGGCCUUCCUGGCGGCCAACACGCGGGGAUUAUUCGGGCAGGUGUUCUGUGACUUCGGCAAGGAUUUCACCGUGCUGGACACCAACGGGGAGCCGCCCCUCACCGCCAUGAUCUCCCUCAUCACCCACGACGACAAGGGCCUCGUCACGGCCGCCGACGAGGCGCGCCACGGCCUGGAGGACGGCGAUCAUGUCACUUUCCAGGAGGUGCAGGGCAUGACGGAGCUGAACACACACGAGCCCAUCAAGAUCAAGUACGUCAAUCCGUACUCCUUCGCCAUCGGCGACACCAGCCACUUCUCGCCGUACACGCGCGGCGGCAUCGUCACGCAGGUGAAGAUGGCCAAGCAUCUGCACUUCAAGUCCUUCCGCGAGUCCCUGCAGCACCCCGCGCUGAUGGAUAUGGACAUCGCCAAGUUUGGCCGCUCGCACCAGCUGCACAUUGGCUUUCUGGCGCUGGAUAAGUUCUUGCAGAAGAAAGGCCAUUUGCCGCGCCCGCAUAAUGUCGAAGACGCCGAGGCGUUGCUGGAGCUGUGCAAGAGCGUUAAUGAACAACUGCCGCCAGAGACGAAAGUGGACCCGCUGGACGAGGAGACGUUGCGCAACCUGGCCAAGACGUGCCGCGGGGACCUGCCGCCGAUGCAGUCGGUGGUGGGGUCCAUCAUCGCGCAGGAAGUGAUGAAGGCCUGCUCCGGGAAAUUCCAUCCGGUCUUCCAGUUCCUCUACUUCGACGCCCUGGAGUGUCUGCCCGAUGCCGCGCUGGCGGAGAGCGAGGUGCAGCCCACGGGCUCGCGCUACGACGGCCAGGUGCAGAUCUUCGGCCGGCAGUUCGCCGAGAAAUUGUACAACUCCAAAUGGUUCGUCGUCGGCGCCGGGGCCAUCGGCUGUGAGCUGCUCAAGAACUUCGCCAUGAUGGGACUCGGCUGCGGACCUAAGGGUAAGAUCUUCGUAACGGACAUGGACACCAUCGAGAAAUCCAACCUAAACCGGCAGUUCCUCUUCCGGCCGCACGACGUGCAGAAGAUGAAAUCGGACGUGGCGGCGCUGGCCGCCAAGCACAUGAACCCGCACAUCAACAUCAUCUCGCAUCAGAACCGCGUCGGCGCCGACACGGAGCGGAUUUAUGACGACAGCUUCUUCGAGGCGCUGGACGGCGUGGCCAACGCGUUAGACAACGUGGACGCCCGCAUGUACGUGGACCGGCGCUGUGUCUUCUACAAGAAGCCCCUCCUGGAGUCCGGGACGCUCGGGACCAAGGGCAAUGUGCAGGUGGUGCUUCCGAAUCUGACGGAGAGCUAUUCGAGCAGUCAGGACCCCCCGGAGAAGAGUAUCCCGAUCUGUACGCUGAAGAACUUCCCCAACUCCAUUGAGCAUACGCUGCAGUGGGCGCGGGAUCUCUUUGAGGGGCUGUUCAGUGCGCCGGCCACCUAUGUGAUUCGGUACAUGGAGGAGGCCAAGUUCAUGGAGCAUGUGAUGAAGCUGCCCGGUGCUCAGCCGACGGAGAUGCUGGAGUCGCUGAAGAAGGCGCUGAUCGACGAGCGGCCGGCGUCCUUCGCCGACUGCAUCGCCUGGGCGCGCCAGCAGUUCCAGGAGCUCUUCCACAACCAGAUCAGCCAGCUCCUCUACAACUUCCCCCGCGACCAGGUCACCACCUCCGGCGCCCCCUUCUGGUCCGGCCCCAAACGCUGCCCGCAUCCCCUGGAGUUCAGUGCGGAUAACCCGAUGCACCUGGGCUUUGUGAUCGCGGCGGCCAGUCUGAAGGCGGAGAUGUACGGGCUGCCGCGCAACCUCAGUCCCAAGGAGCUGCACGAGCUGGCCGGCCGGAUCCCCGUGGCGGCCUUCAAGCCCAAGCAGGGCCUCAAGAUCGCCACCACCGAGGCCGAGCAGGCCGCCGAGGCCGCCAGCGUCGAGCACGGCCACGUCGAGGAGCUGGCCGCCGCGCUCCCGCCGCCCGCCUCCCUCAAAGGCUCGGGAUUCCACAUGAAGCCGAUAGAGUUUGAGAAGGACGACGACACCAACUUCCACAUGGACUUUAUCGUGGCCACGUCCAACCUGCGCGCGGAGAACUACGACAUUGCCCCGGCGGAUCGGCACAAGUCCAAGCUGAUCGCGGGGAAAAUCAUCCCGGCCAUCGCCACCACGACGUCGCUGGUGGUCGGGUUGGCCUGUCUGGAAUUAUACAAAAUCCUGCAGGGCCACGCGGAUCUGGCCAAGUACAAGAAUUCCUUCGUCAACCUGGCAUUGCCCUAUUUCGGCUUCAGUGAGCCCAUGCCGGCGCCCAAAAACUCCUACGGAUCCACGCAAUGGACGUUGUGGGACCGGUUCGAGGUGGAGGGGGACAUGACGCUGAAGGAGUUCCUGAACAUGUUCAAGGAGAAGUAUCAGUUGGAAGUGACGAUGCUGAGUCAGGGCGUGUCGAUGCUGUACUCGUUCUUCCUGCCCAAGGAGCGCGCCCUGGAGCGCAUGGACUGGAAGAUGACGGAGCUGGUGCGCAAGAUCAGUCGGCGCAAGAUCGAGCCGCACGUGCGCUCCCUCGUCUUCGAGGUGUGCUGCAACGAUCUGGAGGGGGAGGACGUGGAGGUGCCCUACGUCAAGUACAACCUCCCGUCCAACCACAAGAUGCACGACUAAGGCGCUGGGCUUCGUUCGCCGGGUGUCAUUUGGGGCGGAUGCGCGGGAAGGGAUUCUUUUGGCGGGGAAAUUAAUGUGAAUUUUUACUGCACUGAAUGGUCGGAAUAAAUGUGUUUUUCGUUUUAACCGCGGCGUUUUUCCGGGUGUGUUUCUCUUGUUUUUGCGCGCAUCAGUGUCUAGGCGUUUGUGUUUUUAACGGUGACUGGUGAUUUUGACGGUGCGUGGAUUGUGUCGCCAGUCAGUUAAUUAAUUAUUACGUUUUUUAGCCCAUUUUUCACUUUGAUUGUGGCGCAACACGGAGCGUUCACUGUUUCUACUGGAUUUUAUUCGUCGCGACACACAGCAGCGCACUGUGCGCCCAAUAAAACCUUUAUCAAUG